UGCCCUGGUCGUGCUUUGGAGUUCCUAAGUCGUGCAGCGUGCGCGACGGUAGUGACGCGUAUUACCGGGAGUAUGGCGGAUACCGGCUUGCGCCGCGUGGUUCCAAGCGACCUUUAUCCACUCGUGCUCGGCUUUCUGCGUGAUAACCAACUUUCUGAGGUGGCCAACAAAUUUGCAAAAGCGACAGGCGCUACACAGCAGGAUGCCAAUGCUUCUUCCCUCUUGGACAUCUAUAGCUUCUGGCUCAAGUCCACCAAAGCCCCAAAGCAGAAGUUACAGUCAAAUGGACCAGUGACCAAGAAGGCUAAGAAGGAGACUUCGUCCAGUGACAGCAGUGAGGACAGCAGUGAGGAAGAAGACAAAGCCCAAGGACCUCCAGCAAAGAAGGCUGCUGUACCUGCCAAGCGAACCAGUUUGCCUCAGCAUGCUGGGAAGGCAGCAGCAGCCAAAGCGUCAGAGAGCAGCAGUAGCGAAGAAUCCAGUGAUGAGGAGGAGGAAGAAGACAACAAAAAGAAGAAGCCUGUCCAGCAGAAGGUAGUUAAGCCCCAAGCCAAGGCAGUCAGAACUCCUCCUAAGAAAGCCAAGAGCUCUGAGUCCGAGUCUGACUCAAGCUCGGAGGAUGAAACACCGCAGACCCAGAAGCUAAAGACAGCUCCGGCAGCCAAAGCUCAGCCGAAAGCCUCAGCCAAGCCAGGUUCACCAGCGAGAGCACAGCCUAAAGCAGCCAAUGGCAAAGCAGCCAGCAGCAGCAGCAGCGACAGCAGCAGCGAGGACUCUGAGGAGGAGGAGAAGGCAGCAGCACCCCCCAAGGUGCAGACUAUACCUAAAAAGCAAGUCGUGGCCAAGGCACCAGUGAAAGUAGCUGCCACCCCUACCCAGAAGAGCUCUAGCAGUGAAGAGUCUUCUAGUGAAGAGGAAGAACAGAAAAAACCUGUGAAGAAAAAACCAGGUCCUUACAGUUCAGUCCCACCGCCUUCUGUUCCUUUGCAAAAGAAGUCCUUGGGAACCCAGUCUCCAAAGAAAGCUGCCGUGCAGAAACAGCCUGCAGAAAGCAGUGAGGACAGCAGUGAGGAGUCUGAUUCAAGUUCCGAGGAAGAGAAAAAAACCCCUGCUAAAGCAGUCGUCUCCAAGACACCUGCCAAACCAACUCCAGUGAAGAAGAAAGCAGAGAGCUCUUCAGACAGCUCGGAUUCUGACAGUUCUGAGGAUGAAGCUCCUGCCAAGCCAGUCAGUACCACCAAGAAUUCCUUAAGCAAGUCAGCUGUCACUCCCAAGCCAUCUGCAGCUAAGGCAGCUGUAACUCCUAAGCAACCUGCAGGCAGUGGCCAGAAACCUCAGACCAGAAAGGCUGACAGUAGCUCCAGCGAGGAGGAGAGCAGCUCCAGCGAGGAGGAGAAGACAAAGAAAACUGUGACAACCCCCAAGCCCAAGGUUACUGCUAAAGCAGCACCAUCUCUGCCCGCCAAACAGGCUCCUCGGGCUGCAGACAGCAGCUCUGACUCAGACAGUUCCAGCAGUGAUGAAGAGGAGAAGACACCUAUGCCUCCAGCUAAGAAGGCAGCAGGAGGUGGAACUGCAUCCAAACCAGCAGCUGUGAAGAAAGCAGCAGCCAAGAGCAGCAGCUCCUCCGAAGACUCCAGUGAGGAGGAAGAGGAGAAGCCCAAGGGCAAGGGCACUGCUAAACCACAGGCCAGCAAGGCCAAUGGCACUCCAGCUUCUCAGAACGGAAAAGCAGACAGGGAAAGCGAGGAGGAGGAAGAAGAGGAGGAAGAGACGAAAAAGGCGGCAGUGUCGGCUUCCAAGUCAGGUUCAGGAAAGAAACGAAAGCAGAAUGAGACAACAGAAGAAGCAGAGACUCCUCAAGCUAAGAAAGUUAAGCUCCAGACUCCAAACACGUUUCCAAAAAGGAAGAAAGCAGAAAAAAGGGCAUCGUCCCCAUUCCGAAGGGUGAGGGAAGAGGAGAUUGAGGUGGAUUCACGAGUAGCAGACAAUUCCUUUGAUGCCAAGCGAGGGGCAGCUGGAGACUGGGGUGAGCGAGCCAAUCAGGUCCUGAAGUUCACCAAAGGCAAGUCCUUCCGACAUGAAAAAACGAAGAAGAAGCGGGGCAGCUACCGGGGAGGCUCCAUCUCUGUCCAGGUCAAUUCUGUCAAGUUUGAUAGCGAGUGACCUGUGGCCAUCUUAGAAAAGGAAGGUGAUGUUGAGAGACUGGCCCGUCACCUCCACUGGACCAGAGACUCGGUGUUGUUAGGGGAGGGUCUCAGCAAGGAUGGUUUUGAGCAGAUCCUGAUGUCGUUACAGUUUCCAGGCCUUUUAUGUUCCACUUUUGUGUGGGUUUGUUUUGAGUGUUGUCAUUGCCUUCCUGUUUUGGGGUCUUCAUACUGAGAAGUUUUAUAUUUUAUAUUAAAUGAUUUCUUACAGA